GUUUCCGCCCCCACCGCGUCCUUGACCUGACUGACUUGUUGAGUCACCCGGUAAUCCCCUUUCUCAGUUGUCUACUGCUGGAACCGUUCCACGGUCAAGUAGCAGCUGCCCUGAUCUAUGCUAGACUCCAGACAAGUCCCAGACACAAACAGGAAGCAGACAUAAAGUUAGAGAGGCCAGGCUGACAUGGUUUGGACAUGUCCAGAGGAGGGACGUUGAAUGUAUUGGUUGAAGGACGCUAAGGCGAGAUGGAAGCAGAUGAUUCGCUGCGGCGACCCCUGAAGGCAACAGCGGAAAGGAAAGAAGAGUUUUCUAAAAAUAAUCACAAUGAGCGCUCACAGAUGGGAGGAGGAGGAGAAGUCCUACGACCCACUCGAUGCCACCCUGACGCUUGUCAACAGGAGCAACGACCUGGAUCCGUUGUCUUCAGAUGAUGAGGACAGCUCUCUCAAAGCAGAGAUGUCCUGCGGCCACGCCGUCACCCCUGAGUCACUAACACAGUAUUGUCGCAGCCAGCUGGACCAGGGGAAUUACCAAUUCAGAUGUCCUGCACUAUUAGAGGAUGACAGCCUGUGUAAUGAAGAGUGGUCGUAUCGAGAGGUGCGCAGGCUGGCUGAUCUGAACGUUGAGGAAAUGCAGUACUUUGAAGAGACCAUUGCCCGCCUGGCUGCUUCAAAGUACUCCGAGGUUCAGUCGUGCCCACAGUGCAAAACGAGCGUGGAGAGGAAGGAUCUGUCCAACCUGUGCGUCCAGUGCGUCAUAUGCAGAGCUGAUCAGAGGAAGAGCCACCAGUUCUGCUGGCAGUGUUUGAGGCCGUGGAAAGGUCCAGGCCCUCGAUCGGACCGCUGCGGCAACGAUGGCUGCACCAACCAGGACCUCAGGCUUCUCAGGACCUGCAAGGACAUCGUCCUCCCUCAGGUGCAAGGGGUCAACGCCUGUCCCUCCAUCCGGGCCUGUCCCACCUGUGGUCUGAAGGUGGAGCACGACAAGACAGGCUGCAAGAACAUCAUCUGUCCUCGCUGCCAGGUUGAGUUCUGCUUUGUGUGUCUGAAGCUGACCCCUGAGUGCCUGAAGACCAGCACUCACUUCAUGCCCUGCAGUGACGGUGUGGCUCCCAGGCAAACAUCCAUCCCUGUGUGGCACAGAAACUAAACACAAGCUAUGUCCGAAAGUGUAGAGCUACAGUUCCUCGUACAAAUGAGUUGCAUUUAAAAAGUGAAUCUACACAAGAAAUGUUAAAUAGCAAUAACUGUGGAAAUUAAUGAAAAUUAGUUAUUAGUGCAGAUGUUUCUUUAAGGUUGUACUCAAAAUGUGGACAUAUGUCACAUGCUUACCUAUAUAGUCUAUGAGGUGUUGGGUUAAUUGAAAAGAAAAGAUAAUAUCUUCCACAUCAGCACACAGAAAAAAUCUAAAUGAAAGUGGAGAGAAAGAAUAUCUCCAACCUGAGUGCCAAGGUUGAUCAGCUCUGUAAUGAUCAUUGAGUAAAACCAAGUGUUUCUGGUAUGUGACUUUAUAAACUUAAUAAACAUGUCGUAGCAUUAUUUGUGUUGGUUGGGUGUUUCAUGUUACAAAUAUAUUUAGUAGUGAUGUCCAUCACACACAAUGUUUGUGAAACUUUCAAUGAAGUUGAUCCUCUGUUCCUUAAUAAAAUGAUGAAUGCAAGACCUUUAA